UCUGUUAACCCAGAUUUUUUGCAUUGGAAACCCCGUGCUCUCUCUCUUUCCUCUCUCGGAGUAGAAGAACAGGAGCGUGCACAUCGUUUCGUGUCUGUUACAGACUUAAAAUGCGUUACAUGGCCGCUUACCUGCUUGCCACCCUUGGUGGUAACAGCAGCCCCUCAGCAAAGGAUAUAAAAAAGAUCCUGUCCAGCAUUGGUAUUAAUGCUGAUGACGAACGUCUACAAAAGGUGAUUUCUGAACUUGGUGGAAAAGAUCUUGAAGGUCUCAUCAAUUCUGGCCUUUCCAAACUGUGUUCUGUACCCUCUGGGGGAGCUGUGUCUGCUGCUCCUGCGUCUGCAUCUGCUCCAGCUGCUGGUGGAGCUGCCCCACCAGAAAAGAAAGAAGAAGUAAAAGAGGAAUCGGAAGAGUCUGAUGAAGACAUGGGAUUCGGGCUGUUUGACUAAUUACCUCUUGUUAUGACACAAUAAAGCAACUUUCCAUUAGACUGACUUGAAGCAUUGAAAUAAUUUAGAAUUGUGAAACUGUAUGGUCAGGGUGCCAGUUAACAACUACGGAAUGGACAUUAAAGUGAUUUCAACCAA